AUGAACGACCCAGUAGUCCAAGUUGAAACGGUAGAGAAGAAGCCUGUUUUUCGUCUUUCGAAUUAUCGUAUGAUAGUUCAUGCGAUCUUACUUUCCGUCGUCAGUUGUUUAUAUGGUGGAGUCCCAACGACUGUGUUAUUGUUAAUAGGAGGGUUAAUGAUCUAUGACAAUGUGAAUAGGAACACAUUAAGUUUUAAAGCAGCGAUUCCAUUCACCGUGUUACUCUUCUUCUUCUUCCUCUCGAUUUUUUUAAAUGUCUUGUUGACGAUGGAGAAGACGAUUAACACCCUUUUGACCUUUGUCUCAUUACUGUUAUACACGAAUCUGUAUAUCAUCUGUGUUGCAUUCAACUUCGACUUAGUCAAAGAGUUUGGGAAGGUCACGAAAGAGAAUUUGAAAAUAGUGUUGAACAUCUUUUCAUCGACGCUUGGGUUUAUGACAAUCCCCGUCACCACCUACGCAGUGGUUUACUUUGUCCCAACACUCGAGAUGUACACACCACUGCUUUUUGUGUUUGUCCACUUCAUCACGUCGCCGAAGGGAGACGACCCAAUCCUCAUUUCUUUUGCGUCGAUGAUCACGCUGAUAGCGUCCAUCUUCACGUAUUUAGAAACGGAACAGAUGUUCAUUAUUGUGUUACCGAUGGCACUCUAUUUAAUUGUGUUGACACCACAUCUCAACUUUUUGGUGUUUGCGUCGGUGCCUCUAUUUGUAGCGAGUUGCACGAUGUUGGUCACGAAUGACAUGAUCUUCUUUAUAUUAAGUGGAGUCAUUGCAGUGAUCUUUGUCCUUUCAUUAAUGAAACAACCGACGAUCAUCGAGUCGUCAUUCCUCUUCUUAGUGAUGAGUGCGUUCUGCUAUUUAAUCAUCGAGAGGACGGGAAUUAAUCAGGUGAUGAUCAUCAUAUUGGCGGUUGGGAUCUCUUUGAUUGCAUUCAGACUCAGAUUUGCAUUUGAACCGAUUGUAUUUGUCUCUGCGGGGUCUGCGGCGCUCACGUUGUUCCUCUUCUUGUACACCAACUUCCACUAUAUCUCAUUCCAUAUCACGCGAUUCAUCAUUUUUAAUAUGGACUUACACACAUUCACUGUGAUAUACGGCAUCUUUGCAGCAUACACGUUGGUACUUCCAUUUCUGAUGAUGAAAAUUCCGCGUUCGGUGUUCAGUGGGAUGAUGAUGGUGUACUCUUUUGGACUUGCGACGAUCGAAUAUAUUGUUGCUUCGCGACGGAAUGGAGUUUUCUAUACUGAUACGUACUGUUUGGCGACGGCUAUUAUACUGUCGUUGGUGGCGUACUUGAUGUUCAAGACUAAAAAGAUCUAUUUGACAUCGUUUGCAGUGAUCAUCUCGUUCCAAAUCGCUAAACUGUCGAUGUUUGUCUUCCCCCGCUAUCUGUCGAUAUUCAGUAUUGCAGUCUUCUUGUCGACGAUCAUCAUCAGACACAGCUAUCACCCUAAAGUGGCGACUGACUCACUUUACUUCAUUGUGAAUCAAUUCUGGAAUUUUGCGGCGUCGUUGGCGAUAUCGGCGACGUUUGUUUCGACGCUUCACGUGAUAUAUAUUGGGACAUCGCCGACAUACUUGCAAACGGUGUUAGAGGCCCUUUUCUUGAUGUGUGUGUUAUCGACGCAUGAGUGUUAUGUACUGAACAAUGGGAUGUUUGUGAUUCCAUUCACCGGGUGCUUUGUCUGUGGGAUUUCUGUGCUUGUUUCGCUUGGCGCGGAAUCAUCUGUUGACCAACUUCUUAUCUUCUUCAUAGUGUGUUUGAUGGUGUUUACAAGUUCGACUCACAGCUAUUCGAUUGGAAAGAAUCUGAUGACGCGGGUUGUCUUUGAAGUGUCACUUGCGGCAUUGUUUUCACAUUAUUUAGUUGGAUUUCUGCCCGAUAUGCCAAUUUGGUAUCCCGUUGUGUUAUUUGUCCCUGCGCUGUGUGGGAUCAUCAUCACCGCAGAGACCAUCUGUUACAACCAAAUGACUAUCAAAUUCUUGUUACCACUCUAUGGAGUGAUGGUUGUGUGUAUGCCAAUAAGUACUGCAUUGACGUUGCUUGUCACGAUUAAUAUGAUGAAAUUGCGAUCGAUUGCGUCAGUUCUGGUUGCGUUACACUUCACGUUACAUGUGUGUAUACUCAUUGCUAACAACGUACAACAGAAAAAGGUCAUGAAAGGGUUUUCAUAUAACACGCUGAUGACUGUACUGAGUGGGCCGUGGUCGAUUUGUAUGGGAAUCUUUUUGCACUACUUCAUAUUAAACGGGUCAUCCCUUGCAGCCGUCAUUUUCUUGCCACUGAUUGAACUUGUGGUGAUUGAAAAUUACAUCAAACUGAAUGAGUACAAAAAGUCUGCGGUUGUUGUGUUUGCCAUUAUUGUGACAUUGCCUGUAUUGACUGUUUCAAGUGCACUCAAGUACGGAUUCAACAUCUACGUACUCACCACAUACGCGUUUGUGAUUGUAUGGAACUUUUACUUCAUCGACUUUGCGUUCUGGUUGUUCAGAGGGAAGUCGUUACUCCCAUUCACGUGGAUUGCUGGGAUCGUCCAGUUUGGCUUGGCUGUAGUCAUUUUAAUGUUCACGACGAAUGACUUGUACGUCACGGAGUGUUUCUUGGCGCUAGUCAUAGUCCCCAUUUCUCUUUAUAUGAAGUGGACUGUAGAGCCCGAAGACAAAGAGUCGUUAGAGCUAUAA